AUGCAAUUAUCAAUGCAACAACAGUUAAAUCUUGAUGACCUACUUUUUUAUCAAAAGAAAUGGAUCUUAUCAACUGUUGAUAACUGGCUAGAUUAUAUAGAGUUAUCUUCAAAGAAUCCCUUAAUCAAAAUAAAUAACGAAAGUCAUAAAUCAGCAUCAAUUUAUUAUUCUCUCAUUGAUCGCUUGGCCCUUCAAUAUUUUCGCGCUCUCCGAGCUGGUUCAUCCUCUGAGAGUUCAUCAUUUGCAUUGCGUACAGUUGAUACAAAUUUACAUGGAAAUCAGCCAGAUAUUUACUUUCGCGAUGAUAUUCUCAAGAUUGAACCUGGAAAUGUAGAGAUUGCUAAAGAUAGUAUAGUAAAAGAUACAGAUAAAUACAAUCUAGACACAAAUAAGAGCCUUCAGGAAAAUAUCUAUGAAAUCUAUUAUAUAUAUGAUAAUCUUCUCACUUCAAAGAAGGAGAAGAUUUUUGAAAUGGAUUUUAUGGCCUUUGUGAUAUUCGAUAAUCAUAUAGAUACGUAUGUUACUAGAUUGGUCGAUUACCAACUUUAUAUCUCUACCAAGUUGCGAAUGAAUCAAACUGUGAAAAUUAUGCGCAAAGCCAAGGUGGAUGAUUCAGAUCCGUUGAUUGAUUCACCAAAAAAGUUCAAAUAUUUUUGCGACCCUCGUAUCUUACCUCCCACAAUCUCCGAAACUACUACUGAAAAAUCAGGUAGUAGGAAGAAAAACAUUAAGAAAAAUACUACUAAGAAAAAUACUAAAUAA